AUGUCAGCCACAGAGCCAAAAGACAAAUCCAGCUCGAAACAAGAAAUCCGCAACCCCCGCCGUCUCCUCAUCCUCUCGCCCUCCUCACACGCACAUUCAAUUAUCCCUGCCCUCUUAAAGACUCUCACGGGGCACGCCCCAGACGAAACCCAGAUCCAAGCGCAGAGUUUCGCCGGCUACACGACGCACCCGCCACUACGGAUCGAGAACCGGUAUUACACCGCCGACGUUCCAGUUUGGGUUGACGAGAUCCCGGCUAUUGCUGAGGGGGAUAAACAAGAAUCAGAAUCGAAAUCGAAAUCGAAACAGGGGGGAAGUAAAGAGGAGGGCACAAGCUCUGGAUUAGAUCAAGAACUCGGUGCUUCGGCAGCGUCAACAGGAGAAGAGGACCCAUCGACCCAAUGGUCUCGCGAGUUCUCUGGCGCCGAGGCGCGCGUUGUGCGCGAUGCAAUUGGCGCCGUUAUGAUCUGUAUCCGGAACCCGGGUCCAUUUCCGAGUCCGGUGCCCGGUUCUGCAGAGACAGGGGCGGUUGAGGAUUCCGAGGAAGUGCGUGCGUUGAAGGCGUUUGUUACUGCUGUUGGGGGCGUGCGUGCGCUGAUUGAGGAGGAGCGCGGGGAGAUUGGCUCUGUGCCGGCUUUAUUGGUUCUGGGUGGUAAACAGAAGAAAGAGAAGCCGAAGAAGAAGGAUGCGGAUGAAGGGGUGGAUGAGCUUGACGGUAGCCUGGAUGAGCCAUUCUCUAUUGGAUGGUGGGAAGACCAGCUGUGCGAGAUGGGAUUGAUAGGGUUUGAGGUUGUUAAGUGGGACGGAACACCGAUUGAGCAAGAAGGGGAGGAGAGGAAUGAAUAUGGCGCAGAGCUUCAGGGUAUGCGCCGAGUAAAGGAAGUGCUCGAGACGCACGAGUGGGCUGGAGAUGAGGAGCCCGACACGGGUCUCCCAGAUGACGUUGACGAUCUAGAGCGAGAGCUUCUUAGUAUGGACGAAAAAGACAAUGGGUUUAACAAGGAAGUGGACGAGCUCGAACGGGAGAUGGUGGGAUUGCGCUUCGCAAUAGGGCGCGGAGGUGGGGAUGCAAAUGAUAAUGACGAUGGAUGGGACAAUGACGAGCGUCAAGGAGACGAGGAGAUGCGAGUGGAAUCUGUCGAAGCGCUCUUGACCCGCAUGCGAGCUAUAAAAGAUAUGAGCGAUGAAUUACCGGAACAGGACAGGAAGCGCUUUGCGGCGAAGGCAGUGCGGGAUAUCAUGAAGGACAUUUAG